AGCGGAAGCGGCGGCGGGGAGCGAUGCCGCUGCACCGGUUCGCGCCGCGGCUGUGGCCGGAGCUGCGGCUGCGGGAGGGGAUUUGCGCGCGGCUGCCGCAGCACUACCUGCGGGAGCUGCGGGACGAGACCCCGCCCACCCCCGUGCACUGGCGGCCGCACGGCCUCCGCAGCCGCCGCAACCCGCGCACCGGGCAGUGGGAGCGCGUGCAGGACGUGCCCGUGCCCGUGUACCUGCCGCGCGCGGCGCACGAGGGGCUCUGGGGCGGGGAGGGCUGGAUCCGCGGCUUCCGGUACGCGCGCAAUGACAAGCUCUCCACCAGGCUGCCCAAGAUCUGGAAGCCGCAGCUCUUCGAGCGGCAGUUCUACAGCGAGAUCCUGGACGCCACGCUGACCAUCACCGUCACCAUGCGCACUCUGGACCUCAUCGACGAGGCCUACGGCUUUGACUUCUACAUCCUCAAGACCCCAAAAGCUGAUAUGUGCUCGAAGCUCGGGAUGGAUUUGAAGCGAACAAUGCUGCUGCGACUUGCACGGCAGGAUCCUAAACUGCAUCCCGAUGAUCCAGCUAAGAGAGAGGCCAUCUAUAACAAGUACAAGGAAUUUGUAAUUCCAGAAGAGGAAGCUGAAUGGGUCGGCUUGAGUUUAGAAGAAGCAAUAGAAAAACAGAGGCUCCUAGAAAAAAAGGACCCUGUCCCGCUCUUUAAGGUGUAUGCUGAAGAGCUCGUCAACCAGCUUAAAGAACAGGCAGAGAAGAAGCAGUAGAAGAAACCUGUGAGCAAAACCCCUGUGCAGAUCAGGCUAUGGGGUUCAGUGAGUCUUCAGUCUGAACCACAUUUGUGUGGAAGGGGCCACAUGAAGAGCGUGCCCAAGAGCAUGCUGCAGUUAUUGAAGUCUAACAACAGCAUAAAUUCAUGAGGAACCGUUCCUGUGGCCUCUGAAAGUGUUCCUGUAAGAUUGACUUAAUGUGGUCCUGCCUUUGCAAGUAGUUGGCUGCUGUUGAGAGUUUGAUCAUGAUGUAAAAUGAAAUAUGUAUUUUGGGAGUAUAAGUAAACUUCUCUGAUACUUA